GCUCCGCAGUAACGCGAUUGCUCUCGUCGAGUGUAGAAGCGUACGCGAACCGUGCCGUUCGUAGCUUGGUGACACACGCAGCGCGCGCGCUCCCGUCCCGCGUCCACACGGUGGUGUCCGCUGCUCGGUCGUUCCCCGUCCCCCCGGGCACAGUGUCGAAACGCGCGCGGUGGUUCUUCGGAGUGCGCAAGUGACACCCGUUACAGUUCGGUGAACCGACCUCGAAGGGUCGCGUGUCCUGCCUCCUGGCAGCAGCCAGGAUUUCGGUUUAGCGAGGUCGUCCGGGUCGGUUCCGCUCUUCGACGGUGGUUAGGGUCGGAGGUGGAGGAGGAGGAGAUCGUCCAGCAUCGGAGUUCGAGCCGCGGACUAUGCGGAAACGCGGCGGCCAGCCGGCCAGAGAGCAGCGCGGCCGCGUGGCCCUGGUGUUCGUGUCGCCCAGCGGCGACUGAAGCCGCGACACGGGAUGCGAACGAUCCCGCGGGAGCCGGCUGCUGCUGCCAGAAGGAAGAGAAGAAGGGCGCCAGGAUGGGCGGGAGGCGAGGUGUUGUGCUGCUGCUGCUGGUCCGCGGCGUAGGUGCGCGCCGCGACGCCGACGACGCGACGGCCACGUGCCCCCGCGGAUGCCUCGACGACCGCUGCCACUAAACUUCCCCCCUGUACAGUGUCCGUAGAUAGGCCGAUUCGCGCUUCGCGUUCUUCACGUACGAACAAUCCAUACGCAUAUAUAGCCGAGUGUGUGAUAGAAUCGAUAAGGUUAGUGUACCGGUGUGAUACAGUGAUCGCCGCGACUUCUCGGGAUCUUCUGGUGUUCCGUUUUCGGUGUUCGCGUUCGUUCACGGGGUUUUAGCCCGAAGGUGUAGGACAUUCCUGAUUUUAGGUAGGACCCGUUUCGAACAAGGUAUCAUGCGAAUUAUAGCCGACGGAUCGAUCCUCGCCUUGGAAAUAUUAAGCAGAGUCGAUCUUCGUGCCAGCUUCCCGAGCAUCGAUUCGAUCGAGCACGCUCUCGUUUCGUCGAGUCGAGACACGGUGGUCCGGCUCGGGAAACUCGAACCGGCCGACGCACGAGGUUCCGUCCGUGCCGAGGACACGUGGUUGUUGCACGACAGUGUCCACGACGCACGCGGGGCGUAAAGUGCUCCGUUCGGUGUGAUCCGUUCGACCACGGUUAUAUUAUUGUGAACCGAGUUUUGCUCGCGCAGUGAAAACUCGAGGUGAUCUUAGGGUUUUUCUCUUCGGCGGAAGUGUUCUCGUCCUAGUCCUCGUCGUCGUCGUCGUCGUCGUCGUCGUCGUCGAUCGGAAGAAUCGAGUGCCGGCAAAGGGGAUUCCGAGGGGAGUCUCGCAGAAGCGAGGCGAGCGUUAAGGCGAAGACAGGGACAGCAGCGGUGGCUUCGGAGAGACGGAUUCCCGCGCUCGUACCCCAAUAAUUAUCGGCGGCGGGAGUUCGAGGAGAGGGUGAAGAGCGUCGUGGAGGGGGGAGUGAUGCCGGUAAGGGUGGCACAGCGCCCCCCAGGUGGAAUAGCACUCCACGCCGGCGUGCCGGUAGCGCCCAGCAGCGUAACCGCCUCCGGUCCGUCGGGCCGGUGCCUCGGGGGCCCGGCAGCGCCCCCCGCCGGCUCGCCACCGCUGCCGCCGUCCUUGCAAUCACUCGGCGGCGGUGUGAGCAACGCGAACACCACCACCACCGGCAACAACAACAACAACAACCCCGGCGGCUCGAGCAACGGCAGCAUCAACGUCAACGUCAACGGAAACGGGAACAACGGGCUGAACCCCGGCAGCAGUUUGGUUGGCCCGAACAACGCCGGGCCGGGCAUCGGCAACGCCGGCGGUCUAGUCGUCAACACGACGAGCGGCGCCACGAAUCCCUUGCAGGCGAUGGCGUCGGCAGCGGCCUCGCUCACGCAGCUGAACAACAUGGCGAACGGCCCGCUGCCGCCGCUUGCGGCCACCGGACCAACCGGACCCCCUAACCUGCCGCCGCCCCAGCCGGCGACCACGCCGACGCACGGCGGCCCGCCGACCCCUCACGGCGGUGUCACCGGCGGGCCCCACCUGAACGGGGCCUCGCCGAGUCCGCACCCGAUGCCGCCCCACGGAAUGAUGAGCGGAUCGCCGCACGCUCCGCACCCCCACAUGGGCGGCGGAGGACCCUCGCCGCACCCUCACCAUCCGGGACCCCACAUGGUCGGCUCGCCGCACCAUCCUGGACCCCAUCCCAUGGGCCCCGCCGCCGGCAUGAUGGGCCCGGCCGGCAUGCAGCCCCAAGGGGCGCCCGGGAUGUGCGGUCCAGGACCCACCGGCCCCAUGGGCCCGCAUACCCAUCCACAGGGACCCGGAGUACCAGGACAGCCGCACAUGCACAACGACCCGUUUUACUGUUCGCCGUUCGGAUCCCACUACUUCAGAUCGUUGCCUGUCCCCAGGAGGCAUACUCCGUACUUUGGCCAGCCGGACUACAGGCUCUACGAACUGAACAAGAGGUUACAGCAGCGUACCGAGGAGAGCGACAACCUCUGGUGGGACGCAUUCGCGACCGAGUUCUUCGAGGACGACGCGACCCUAACCCUCACAUUCUGCCUGGAGGACGGUCCCAAGAGAUACACGAUAGGCAGGACAUUAAUACCUAGGUACUUCCGUUCAAUAUUCGAAGGCGGAGUGACGGAACUUUACUACAAUUUGAAGCAUCCGAAGGAGUCAUUUCACAAUACCAGCAUAACCCUUGACUGUGAUCAUUGCGUUAUGGUCACGCAUCACGGGAAACCGAUGUUCACGAAGGUAUGCACGGAGGGUAGAUUAAUAUUGGAAUUCACCUUCGACGACCUUAUGAGGAUAAAGUCGUGGCACAUGUCGGUGAGGACGCACAAGGAGCUGGUGCCUAGGACGGUAGUCGGGAUCCAACAAGACCCGUCGAUGCUCGAGCAGCUCAGCAAGAACAUCACCAGGCAGGGCAUCACUAAUUCCACCCUGAAUUACCUUAGGUUAUGCGUGAUCUUGGAGCCGAUGCAGGAGCUGAUGUCGAGGCACAAGGCGUACGCGUUGUCACCGCGGGACUGCUUGAAGACGACCUUGUUCCAGAAAUGGCAGAGGAUGGUUGCCCCGCCGGGUAAGAGAGAGUCCCAGAGGCCGGCCAGCAAAAGAAGAAAGCGGAAGGGCAGCACCUCGGGCCCCGGCAACAACGCGCCACCGGCGCCCAGCAAAAAGAGAUCGCCAGGGCCUAAUUUUUCUCUGGCGUCGCAGGACGUGAUGGUGGUGGGUGAGCCGUCGCUGAUGGGCGGCGACUUCGGCGAGGAAGACGAGCGGUUGAUCACGAGGUUGGAGAACACGCAGUACGACGCGACGAACAGCCUGGACCCGCACAGUCACGACACGUCGGGCGGACCACCCCCGCACCCUCACCAGUUCCAUUCGGAGCCGACCCCGGGAAACUCAUGGCCGCCAGACCGCGGUCCCGGACCGCCGCAAGGAGGACCCGGUAGUCAGGGUGUUCAAGGUGGACAAGGAGGCGCGUCGGGCGGUGUACAGGGAUCGCAGGAUGCCAAUCAGCAGCAACAAGACAAGAAGAGCCCCGCGCGGGGCGAGAACCUAAACCUCCCCGGCGCCUAUUUGGCCUCGGCUGGCUCCGGAGCCGGCAGGCUGUCGCACCUCGGGGUUGCGCACCCUCUGGCCUGUCACCAGGCCGGCCUGCCGAGCCAUCCGGCGGACCAGCAGCACCUGCAGCUAGGCCACGCCGCGGCUGCAGCAGCCGCUGCGGUCUCCAUGGGGAUGGAAUCCUCGGAACUGGUCGCGGUGUCCCAUUACCAAGCGCAACAGCUUCAACGACAAUUGUUGGCCGAGCAGUCGGGUCCAGCGGGCGCGAUGCUGCCGCCGCCGCCGGCUGCUCAGCCUACCGGUGGAGGCAUCGCUCACCCGCCGCUCCACCAAGGACAACACGCCGCCGUUGCCGCCGCGGCCGCGGCCGCGCCUCAACCUCAGGGCCAAGACCCGCUGCAGAGCUUGCUGCAGCAGCUGAUCUGUUUGCACCAGCUCGAGUACUACAUAGCCCAGCGUGGUCAAAAGUGAUAAACUAAAAAAAAA